ACCACCUCCGCUUGUCACGUGACUGUCAAGAUGGCUGCCACCCUGUCGAGCGAACAUUUCGACAAUUUGCAGCUUCUUCUCAAGGCUCCAUCCAAAGACUUUGUGAAGGACGUGUGUGUGCAGAGUCGCCGAGGUCCAAGUCUUCGUCUGACUCGGAACGCCGCCGCAGCACUCGCCGUCCCUGAAGCUCAGGCUGCUCAGCUGCUGCACUCGCUGCACGCGUUGUCCGCUCACGUCGUCUUCCGCAACCUGAGCUCGGCCGAGCGGGUGGUCCAGCUUUUUCCUGAGGGCUUCCACUCCAGCCUGAAGAACUUGCUCACCAAGAUCCUGCUGGAGAACAGGGAGAUGUGGAAAACAGAAGCAGUCAGGAGUCAGAACGGAGGACGCGUGCGCCUCCGAUUCCGUGUCGACGGUGGAGCUGAGCAGGGAGAGUCUGGACACCGUGUUGGACGGGCUGGGCCGCGUCCGGGACCAGCUCUCUGCGGUCGCUGGCAAGUGAUGACGACUGGCUGCUUGUCGCUAGGCAGACUUCGUCAUAACCGCCGCACUCAGCUCUAUGAACAACAACCUGACAGGAAGUCACACACACACACACACACUGUCGAUGAAUCGGGGCUCUGUAUUAAAUAUAAAAUACACAUUCAACAAAUACAUGCGUCUGGUGGCGAAAGCUUGAUUGUGUCUUCAUAUUAAUAAAGUGCUUUUAUAAGACAA